UUCACGCUGUGCGCAUUCCAAGACCCUCGGGGAAUAGCGCAGCAAAACGAACGGAAGAAUUGCACGUGUUAAAUAAUAGGAGCGAGACGAGUGGAAGAACAAAGUAUUCUGAUAUCUUUCUAUGCGCUAUUCCAAUGUAGGAUACACCGUGUGUGUUACAAUUAGCACUACAGGAAAGAAAGAAGUUGAACCUUUUACCACCAAACAUGGAGAGCUCAGGGGCUGAUCUCCCUGAGCACCCAAGACCAGACAAAGAUCCAGACGAGCAUGCUGCAUCUUCUUCGGUUUCCUUGAAAUCGGCGACAGUCGAGGUUAAAAUGGAGGAAGAUGAGGAUUGUGGAUACGAGAAUGACUCUCCUGCAGGAUCAGACAGAGAGGAGGAGGAAGAGUUUCACCCGCCUUCAUCAGUUUCCAGCCGCACGAACGUUUCAGAGGGCUCGCGGGAGACUAGCGUGAAGGGAGAAGAGAUCCAGGAUGACGACGAAAGUUCUCUGAACGGUCCUGAACCACCAGAGACUCUAAUGGGAGAUCGGCAGGUCAAAAUGGAGGAGCAGGACGACUGGCAGGAAGACAGCGAAGGUUCCCAGACCAGGCAGGCUGCAGAACAGAAACCACCAAACCAAACUGAGGGACCUGUGGACAAACAUGAUGAUGAUGGAAAAAAGACUAGCACACCAAGCCAAACUGGAGAACCUGUGGAAAAAUAUGAUGGAAACAAGACUAAACGUGAUAGCAGAAACAAGAUUAACACACAGAAAGGUGGCCUGCGAAAAAAACACCAGAUUAUUGAUCUCAGGAAAAAAACACACCAAUGCAGCAGCUCACGUGGAAAGAGUGUAACUCCAGAGGACGCUGAUCUCAACCAUCCCCAAGGAGUCCCCACUGGAGAGCGUGAACAUGAAUGUAGCGAAUGUAGAAAAACUUUUGCGCGAAAAGGUGACCUCAAGAAGCACCAGCUCGUCCACACUGUAGAAAAAACGCACAAAUGCAAAACAUGUGGAAAGGCGUUCUCGCAAAAAUCUUAUCUCAACAAACAUGAGAGAAUUCACACAGGACAAAAGCCAUACCAGUGCAGCACUUGUGGAAAAGCUUUCACACUCUUAGGUGAUGCCAAGAGACACGAGAGGAUCCACACAGGGAAAAAACCUUACCAGUGCACCUCAUGUGGAAAGACCUUUUGUGACGCACAAUAUCUUAAAAGGCACCAAAGAACCCACACCAAAGAAAAGCCACAUCGAUGCGUGAUGUGUGAAGAGGCUUUUGCGCACCCCAACUUUCUCAAAAAGCACAUGAAAAUCCACAAGCCCCACACAUGUCCUGCAUGCGGAAAAGGCUUUGUUAAAGAAUGCGAUAUGAAGCUACAUCACAGAACGCAUACUGGAGAAAAACCAUUUCAGUGUAAACAUUGUGGAAAAGCCUUUAGAGGCAGUUCUGACCUCCGGAGACACAAGUGCAGCUCAAGUGAAAAUGGUGUUCAUGUCAAGCACACUCUUAAUAGCUGUGAGAUCGUCCGUUCUGGAAAGCCAGACCAGUAUACCUCAUGCGGAGAGAAUUUUAGUCAAGAUGGCCAGAAAACAAGAAAGAAAAGUCAAGAUGACCAUCUCAUUAAGCAGGAAGAAGACGAUGAAACCACUAAAUAUCCAAGUCAGUUUGCCACAUGUGGAAACACAUUAAGUCAAGAUUGCCACCCUAUAAAGCAUGGACAAACCUCCACUGAUGACAAUCCAGACCAGUAUACCGCAGGCGGAAAGCAUGAAGGAAUGGGGAAACUAAGUUUGUGUGUUCCACCUGUGGUAAAGGGUUUUCUAAAGGACACCUAUUCCGGAAGCAUCAGAAAAUACAUGGAGAAAAAGCACACAAGUGCAACAGAUGUGAAAAAGCUUUCGUACGAAAAGCUGAUCUGUACAGACAUCAGAGCGUUCACACUGAAGAGAAGCCGCACCAGUGCACUACAUGCCACAGAGCCUUCGCACGACGGAGCCACCUGGAGAGACACGAGAGAGUUCAUACUGGAGAGAGGCCACAUCAGUGCCCCGUGUGUAGAAAGGCCUACGCCAACAAAUGUGAUCUCAGAUGUCACCUGA